UGGCACUCAGAUUUUUUAGUCUAUGCUUGAGCAGCCAUUUGUUAUCCUUGCUGAAGUUCCCGUGUAACGUCUGAUCAAAAUGUUGAAAUCAGCUUCAGGGGCACUUGUGAAUGUCCUGAGAAAGUCCUUGGUGCCGGCGGCAAGGAUCAGCGCCGUACCCCUGCGGCGGUCGCAUGGUGGUCCCGUCGAAUCCGAUGAGGAAUUCGAUUGCAGAUAUGAACAAUUCUUCAACAGGAAAGACAUUGACGGGUGGGAAAUCCGCAAAGGCAUGAAUGACUUGUGCGGUAUGGACCUUGUCCCUGACCCAAAGAUCAUUAAGGCAGCAUUGCAUGCGUGCAGGAGAGUGAAUGACUACGCUCUUGCUGUUAGGUUCAUUGAGGCCUGCAAAGACAAGUGCGGUAACAAAGUCAAUGAAAUCUACCCUUACAUCAUUCAGGAAAUUAAGCCCACAUUAUCAGAGCUUGGCAUUGAAACUCCAGAGGAGCUCGGCUACGACAAACCAGAACUAGCUUUAGAGAAUGUUUAUGACAUGUAAGGUCGCCAUUAAAUAUCAAAAUAAGCUGUAGAGAAUUUGUAUAAUAGUUUUGUUGUCGACUUUUUAUUUACUUUUAAUUGUGGGAAGCUGCGUCUUCAAUUAUUAGUACUCUUGGUCCAUCAUUCUAAAAUCGACCUGCUUGUCUAAUGUUGAAACAUUAGAACAAAUAUGAUAUAACAUU